UUGAGUCUGGAUUUGGGAAAUCAUGAAAACGAGGCUUCGAUCUGUUAUGGAAAAUGGGAGCCUUCUCUUUCAGCAAAAUAGCAAGAUAACCCAGUUUGGUAAAUCGGGUAGGGUCGAAGAAGCAUGUAAAUUAUUCAACCAAAUGACUCACCGGAACACUGUCACAUUCAACUCCAUGAUCUCUGCCUACGCCAAAAAUACAAGGAUCAACGAUGCAUUGAACCUGUUUGAUAAAAUGCCUCACCGCAAUCUGGUUUCUUGGAACACCAUGAUUGCGGGUUGUUUGCACAAUGACAGAGUCGACAAGGCACGUCAGCUGUUUGAUCAAAUGCCUCAAAGAGACAUAUACACAUGGACUCUGAUGAUUACUUGCUAUACACGGAAUGGGGAGCUUGAAAAGGCUAGAGAUUUGUUCCGUUUGAUGCCUGAUAAGACAAACCCGGCUUGUUGGAAUGCUCUCAUUUCAGGUUAUGUAAAUCAUAGAAGGCUUAAGGAAGCUAGGCAGAUGUUCGACGAAAUGCCUGUGAAAGAUUUAGUUUCUUGGAAUUCGAUGCUUGGAGGUUAUACCCAGAGUGGGGAGAUGGGUUUAGGUUUAAAGUUCUUCAACGAAUUUCCGGUUAAAGAUGUGGUUUCUUGGAACUUAAUGAUAGCUGGGUUUGUUGAGGUUUGUGAUUUCGAUUCUGCUUGGCGUUUCUUUGAGCGAAUACCAAAUCCGAAUGUCGUUUCUUGGGUCACGAUCUUAUCUGGGUUUGGUAGAAAUGGUCAGAUUAUGGAAGCUAGGAGAUUGUUCGAUCAGAUGCCCGUUAAGAAUGUGGUAUCUUGGAAUGCAAUGUUAGCAGCUUAUGUCCAGAACUCUCAAAUCGAAGAAGCUUUGAGCUUAUUCAAUGAAAUGCCAGAAAAGAAUGCAAUUUCAUGGACUACCAUGAUCAAUGGAUAUGUUCGUGCUGGUAAGCUAGAAGAAGCAUGCCGAUUACUCGAUCAAAUGCCAUUCAAGAACGUCGGUGCUCAAACAGCAAUGAUCUCAGGAUUCACUCAAAACCAAAGGAUCACUGAGGCUCGUGAAAUCUUUAAUCAUAUAAGCAAUCGAGACACUGUUUGUUGGAACACGAUGAUUGCAGGGUACGCCCAGAACGGACUUAUGGAUGAAGCACUCGAUCUUUUUCAACAGAUGGUGAGAAAAGAUGUAGUUUCAUGGAAUACGAUGAUCGCUGGUUAUGCUCAAAUCGAUAAAAUGGAUCAAGCACUGGUUUUGUUCAACGAAACAAAACAUAAGAACAUAGUUUCUUGGAAUUCGCUGAUUUCGGGCUUUGCCCAUAAUGGAUUGUACUUCGAUGCAUUCAAUUAUUUCGUUUCCAUGAUACAAAAGGGUAAUAAACCCGAUGAAUCUACAUACGCUUCCGUUUUAAGCUCGUGUGCAAAUCUAGCAGCUUUUCAACUGGGAACACAAGUUCAUGAUUUAGUUUUAAAGGCGGGUUAUGAGCAUGAUAUCUUUGUUACUAAUUCUUUGAUAACUAUGUAUGCAAGAUGUGGUUGGAUGCUGAGUGCGAAACGGGUCUUCGAUCAUAUGCCACGCACCGACGUAGUCUCAUGGAAUUCUUUGAUUGAUGGGUACGCUCUGAAUGGAUUGGGCAAAGAGGCGGUGAGGGUCAUGGAUGAUAUGGAGGUUGCAGGAGUGAUCCCGGAUGAGGUCACAUACAUCGGGGUUUUAUCUGCGUGUAGUCAUGCUGGCUUGAUCAAUGAAGGGCUCAAGCUUUUUGAAUCGAUGAGUAGAAAGUACUCGAUCGAGGUGUUGCCGGAGCAUGUCGGUUGUAUGGUUGACUUGCUUGGAAGGGCGGGGCGGCUAGAAAUGGCGAUUCAGAUGGUGAAGGAGAUGAAAACAGAUGAUAAUGUGGGAAUAUGGGGUGCUUUGCUCGAUGCUUGUCGUGUGCGUAAGGAUCUUAAGAUGGCUAAAUUUGCUGCAGAGAAGCUUUCGGAGAUCGAACCGGAAGAGGGUUCGAAUUAUGUGGUGCUAUCGAAUAUGAACGCGGAGGCGGGGCGAUGGGAGGUGGUGGAGUCAGUGCGGGAUUCUUUGAAAGAGCGACCAUCGGUGAAGCAACCGGGGUGUAGCUGGAUUGAGGUUCAAAACCGAGUUCACGUUUUCGUAUCUGGUGAUAGAUUGCAGAGCGAAAACGGAAACUUUUGUGGUAACUUGAGGACAUUAACUCACCUUAGCAACGCAGGUGAAACCCUUGUCGCAGUAACAUGAGACCUUCCACCACGGAGACCACCGAU